UUACACGAAAGCCGUGCAACUUGCGUGUACUUGUCUUGUGCUCUUCUGCACGGCACCAAAUACGAGAAAUAGCUUGUGGUGAUAUUUCGGGGCCCCCUCCUUCCUGCCAGUUUCCCCCAGCCACCACUGCCACGCGAGCAACGCACUUUGAUACGAUUCUCUAUUAGUUUUGUGUUUCUUGGUUAAAAGUAAACUAGCUUGAUAUAUUCUCUUAAGGUUCUAAACCGAAACUGUAUAUUCCUAUCUUCUUGUUCAGCUUCAACAGGGUAAGUUUUGAAGAAAGAUUCUGAGAAGCUUCUGGAGAGAAGCUACUGCUUAUACAACUCUGGCCGACUAUCGAGUGAUAUUUCCUCAAACCGGAGCGAGUGUUCAACCUUUGUUUCCGUUUCCUCGAACAUCAUUAUUAUGCUAUUACGCCUGGUCAUCGGUUUGGCGACUACCCGUUGAUUACGGUUAACAUUUGAUAACUCAAUCAGCUUGUAUCUGGUCUCCUCUGCAUUAGUUAGAGAUGUAAACAUCAACGGGAUAGAAGAAGAAGCAGCAGAAUAGAAUAACAAGGAGAAAAAGAUAAAUCAGGAGUGCAUAUCUUAUUUGGGCUUCUAUUGAGGAAAUUCGAGUUUGGCCUUUUUUUUUCCAAAAAGAUGAAAUUCAACUGCUGUUCUGUUCUGAUGGGGAUGAAGAAGAAAGAGAAGAUUGAUAAGCAAUCAUCGAGAACAGCCGACUUUGACACGGCGCUUAAAACCCUGAAAAUCAAGCUUGAACAUCCGGUGGAAACUUUUGAAAGCGAUGAGUUGAAAACCACAUCUUUUAGCGUGUCAGUACCUUUCGAUGUUCAGAAGGAUUCAAUCAAUGUCCAGGUGCUGAGCCAUGAGAGCCCUGUUGUGGAUGAAGCAGCAGAAGUAGCUUAUGAAGGAGAAGAUGAGCAAGAAGAUAAUAUUUCAUUGAAGAGGGACUUAUCUGACUUUGAUCUCCAAUCCCAUGCGGCCAAUUCCGGUGAAGUGUCUUUUCCAAGAAAUGUGAAGCUGGAUUCCCCUCAUCCGCUUGACACCAUGGGCAAUGAACAAUAUGCAAAGAAAGCUGAGAAAAAAGUUGAUGAAAAGGGUAUUGAUGUGAUACAAAGUGGACAUGUUAGCGAUCCUGGCAUCGGGAAGGCUGAGUUCUGGGGUUCGCCUAAGCUCAAACGGUCCUGUUCUAAUCUGGAAACAAGCAAAGUGCUAAGGAAAAUUGCUGCUCAGUUCCCUUUAACAUCUCAGGAUUCUGAAGAAUUGCAGGGACUGGCUGAGAAAGUAAGAGAUCCCAGCAGCCCGACAUCUGUAAUAAGCCGUCGCAGUGCUGACAGAGUGAUGUUAAAGAAGCACUCUUCUAGCCAAGUUCUACCCUCUAGGAGUAGAAGGCUGUGGUGGAAAUUGUUCCUCUGGAGCCACAGAAACCUUCACAAACCUUGGUUUGUAAAACCACUGCAACCGGCUGUAAGUAAACUUUUGAGUCAGCAAGGCGGUUAUUCAUCAGAUACACUUGAACCCAACAGAGCCAUGAGUAAAAUGCAAUCACCUCGGUCAUUCACAGUAAAGUCAAUGGACAAGGGUCAUAACAACAAUGAAGAGGACAGUCAGAGCUGGAAUAGCUUUCAUGCUGGGAUUUCUGGUCUGUGGCCCCAGAAUCAGUGGGUUGCUUUCUCAGUAGAAUCAUCCCCAUUUUCAAGAGUGGAUGAAUGGGUCAAGGAUCUUGAGACCCAUCCCUCUCCUCUUGAUGCUUAUGAUAAUAACAAUGAUGUUAGGCGUGACGACGACAUUGUCUUCCCACCCUCUCCCGAUACCGGUAGAUCACCAAGAAGAGCCAUGACACGCCCAGAUUUUAACCUCUCAGUGGAGAUUUUGCAUGCCAAUAGUGUGAUCCAGUCGCUUAAUUCUUCCUCAACUGUUGCCCACAUCUCAGGCAAUGGCUUAAAAGCUAUUCCCACCACAUCACGUUUCUCCAGUCUUCGAUCUGUUAACUUAUCAAACAACUUCAUAGUCCAAAUUACCCCAGGAUCAUUGCCAAAGGGCCUACACACUCUCAACCUAUCGAGAAACAAGAUCAACACCAUUGAAGGACUUAGAGAACUUACCCGAUUGCGGGUACUCGAUCUCAGUUACAAUCGCAUUUCUCGAAUUGGUCAAGGGUUGUCGAACUGUACAAUAAUCAAGGAACUCUAUCUUGCUGGGAACAAGACUAGUGAUGUUGAGGGGCUGCACAGGCUCCUGAAGCUUACAGUCUUGGACUUGAGCUUUAACAAGAUAACAACAACAAAAGCUCUGGGCCAGCUUGUUGCGAACUACAACUCACUGCAAGCUCUGAAUCUGUUGGGCAAUCCAAUUCAGAGCAACAUCAGUGAUGACCAGCUUCGCAAGGCAAUUUGUGGCCUCCUCUCUAAGCUAGUGUAUCUGAACAAGCAACCCAUUAAACCUCAGAGAGCACGAGAAGUUCUCGCAGAUAGCGUUGCCAGAGCCGCCCUUGGAACCAGCAGCAGCAGGAGCUAUCGGAGAAAAGCAGUGAAGAGAGUGACCUCUAGCAGUUCAAUCUCCAGUAUGCAAAGGGGCAGCGUUGGGGGUGCGCAAAAAAGCAGGGACAGGUCAAAGAACCGGACUCAUCACCUAAAGACAAUGUCCUCUGCACAUGCUUCUUCAUCCCGUUAAUCGCGAUCCCAUUCUGAGUAAGUUUUUUUUUUUUAAUAAUUUGUCAUCAGUUUUUGAAACUGCUUUUAACUUCGCUGGAUGGGAAUGAGUCGAAUUACUUGAUCUCUCUGUGAACUCUCUCUAUCUCUCCACGGCUUUUUGGCUGAGGGUUGGUGUGGCAUGGUCACACACUCACACUUCCUUAAAGCUCUUGUAGCAAACGAAAGGCGUUUUUUUUUCCCCGAAGACUGCUUUCAAGAGGGACACUAUCUGCGUUCAAUGGGAAAUUUCUUGUUUUGUUCA